CUUUCUUCUGACAAAUGUUAUAAGAUGGUGUUGGAAUUGAACUUCUGUUUCUUAUCUUUGAAAUAAUUGUUAUGGAAGCAACCGAAACAGCAAAAAUAUUGCUUCUAAAUCUAAUCUCAGAUCUAAUUUUUUUUUGCAAAAGAUGUUUUAAGAAGCACACUUAAUUAAGGCAUUUUCUAGUGCCCGUGAAAGAAAAGCCAAUCUAUGGAUUAUACAAUAUAAAAUAUUUUCUAAUCUAUACACUCAAAUUUGGUAUAUAUUCAAGCUUACGAAAAAAUUCUGCGAAAUAUGUAGCUAAGUCUUUUCUUCCCAGAAAUAAAUGAUGCCACAAAUCUUGGCGGAUAUUACCAUUUGUUUGUGAUGUGUUCAACAACGGUUUCUCUCUUCCAGGAAAUUUAAAGACACAUUUAAGGACGCAUACGAAAGAGAAACCUUAUGUUUGGGACAUUUGCAAUAAAGCGUUUUCUAGGCCAAGCAGUUUAAAGAUACAUAUAAGGACGCAUACGAAAGAGAAAUCGUAUGUUUGUUAGAUUUGCAGUGAAGCUUUUUCUCAAAAAGGAAGUUUAAAGUGCCAUUUACGGACGCAUACGAAAGAGAAACCGUAUGUUUGUGAGAUUUGCAGUGAAGCGUUUUCUCAAAAUGGAACAUUAAAGGUUCAUUUACGCACGCAUACGAGAGAGAAACCAUAUGUUUGUGACAUUUGCAAUAAAGCGUUUUCUGAGCCAAGCAAUUUAAAAAUGCAUAUAAGGACGCAUACGAAAGAGAAACCGUAUGUUUGUGAGAUUUGCAGUGAAGCUUUUUCUCAAAAUGGAACAUUAAAUGUUCAUUUACGCACGCAUACGAGAGAGAAACCAUAUGUUUGUGACAUUUCCAAUAAAGCGUUUUCUGAGCCAAGCAAUUUAGAGAUACAUAUAAGGACGCAUACGAAAGAGAAACCGUAUGUUUGUGAGAUUUGCAGUGAAGCUUUUUCUCAAAAAGGAAAUUUAAAUAUACAUUUACGGACGCAUACGAAUGAGAAACCAUAUAUUUGUGAGAUAUGCAAUAAAGCAUUUUCUCGAAGAGGAUGUUUAAAGAAACAUUUACGGACGCAUACAAAAGAGAAACCGCAUGUUUGUGAGAUUUGCAAUAAAGCGUUUUCUAAGCGAGGCAAUUUAAAGAUACAUCUACUUACGCAUACAAAAGAGAAACCGUAUGUUUGUGAGAUUUGCAGUGCAGCUUUUUCUCUAAUAGAAAGUUUAAAGAGACAUCUACUUACGCAUACAAAAGAGAAACCGUAUGUUUGUGAGAUUUGCAGUAAAGCUUUUUCUCAAAAAGGAAAUUUAAAUAGACAUUUACGGACGCAUACGAAUGAGAAACCAUAUAUUUGUGAGAUAUGCAAUAAAGCAUUUUCUCGAAGAGGAUGUUUAAAGAAACAUUUAAGGACGCAUACAAAAGAGAAACUGUAUGUUUGGGAGAUUUGCAGUGAAGCUUUUUCUGAAAAACAAAUUUUAAAGAACCAUUUACGGACGCAUACAAAAGAGAAACCGUAUGUUUGUGAGAUUUGCAGUAAAGCCUUUUCUCAAAAAGGAAAUUUAAAUAUACAUUUACGGACGCAUACAAAAGAGAAACCGUAUGUUUGCGAGAUUUGCAGUGAAGCCUUUUCUCAAAAAUCAAAUUUAAAUUACCAUUUACGGACGCAUACGAAUGAGAAACCAUAUAUUUGUGAUAUAUGCAAUAAAGCAUUUUCUCAAAAAGGAUGUUUAAAGACACAUUUACGGACGCAUACGAAAGAGAAACCGUAUAUUUGUGAGAUAUGUAGUAAAACGUUUUUUCAAAAAAAACAUUUAAAGUGCCAUUUACUGACGCAUACGAAUGAGAAACCAUAUAUUUGUGAGAUAUGCAAUAAAGCGUUUUCUCGAAGAGGAUGUUUAAAGAGACAUUUAAUGACGCAUACGAAAGAGAAACCGUAUAUUUGUGAGAUAUGUAGUAAAACGUUUUAUCAACGAGGACAUUUAAAUGUACAUUUACGCACGCAUACAAAAGAGAAACCGUAUGUUUGUGAGAUUUGCAGUGAAACCUUUUUUCAAAAAGGACAUUUAAAGUGCCAUUUACGGACGCAUACGAAUGAGAAACCAUAUAUUUGUGAGAUAUGCAAUAAAGCGUUUUCUCGAAGAGGAUGUUUAAAGAGACAUUUAAUGACGCAUACGAAAGAGAAACCGUAUAUUUGUGAGAUAUGUAGUAAAACGUUUUCUCGACGAGAAAAUUUGAAGGUACAUUUACGCACGCAUACAAAAGAGAAACUGCACAUUUGAAAUGUAAGCAAUGAAACAAUUUCUAGUGGAUGCUUUUAAAGGAAAUAUUUUCUUACGCAUACGAAACAGAAACCUCCGUGUGCAUUUAAUGCAAAAGGAAAUUUGCAGCCCCUUUUAACGAUUCAUUCUAAAGAGUAACUACAUGUUCGUUGUGUUUGUAAUAAAGUAUUUUCUGGUCGAAACAUUGAAAGGAGAUAUUUAUUGAGGCAAGCAAAAUUAAAUCCACAUAUUUGUAAGAUGUGCAA